AUGUCGGACUACGGUGGCGAUAACGACGCUGAGGAGAAGUAUGAUUUCCCGCCAAUUGAAGCCUAUGACUUCGAGCCUCAAGAGGAAGUCUUCGACGAGAACGAGCCCGAGGAUUUCAUUGACCACGAGGGUCUCGAGGGCGACGAUGGUGUCGAAGGCGGGUCGUACGAGCCAGCUGUCAACGGGGAGAACGUGGUUAUCUCAGGCGAUCCCAAUGCUGGCUACUCAGGCAAGGUGAUGGAGCAGUCGCGUGAGAAGAAGGUGCCGAAUGACAAGCGCACAACUACUCCAUACUUGACCAAGUACGAGCGCGCCCGUGUGCUCGGCACUCGCGCUCUGCAGAUCAGUAUGAAUGCGCCCGUACUCGUCGACCUCGAGGGUGAGACCGAUCCGCUGCAGAUUGCCAUGAAGGAGUUGAACCAGAAGAAGAUCCCUCUGAUCGUGCGCCGGUAUCUCCCCGAUGGAUGGUAUGAGGACUGGUCUUGUGAGGAGCUGCUUUAG